AUGGCGUUUCCCAUAAAGCUUAUCUUUACCCUCCUCUCCUUCUCCUAUUUUCAACUCUUUUUAGCUGCUUUCACUCCAACUGAUAACUACCUCCUUAAUUGCGGCGCUAAUACCAACGCGUCUUUCUUCUCCAUCCGCUCCUUUAUCGGUGACUCCUCACGCCCUGGCUCGGAUUUUCUCUCCGCCCAUCGAUCCGUCUCGCUUUCCGACCCGAACCCACCUCCAGAUUCACCGGUUAUAUACCACACUGCGCGUGUCUUCUCCGGCGGAUCAUCUCCAUCCUUCGCAUAUAAACUCGGCGUCACAAGCAAACGCACUCACUUCAUCCGUCUCCAUUUCGCGCCGUUUAAAGCUCCAGGCUUUAACUUAGCGUCGGCGAAAUUCGGCGUUUUGGUCAAUGGGUUCUCUGUGAUGAGCAGUUUCGGCACUAAUUCCGUCAUCGUCAAAGAAUUCAUUCUAAAAAUCGACGACCCUGUUCUGGAGAUUUCGUUUAUCCCUUUUAAACCAUCUGGAUUUGGGUUCGUCAACGCGAUAGAAGUGUUCUCGGCACCUAACGAUUACAUAAUCGAUCAAGGCACCAAGCUCGUAAUCUCUAACUCUCCUCAAAUCUUCAGUAACUUGUCAUCUCAAGUUCUCGAGACUGUACACAGAAUCAACGUCGGUGGUUUGAAAUUGACGCCCUUUAACGAUACAUUGUGGAGGACUUGGCUCGUUGAUGACGACUAUCUGCUGCUUAAAGGAGCUGCGAAACGUGCUUGGACCACUAAUGCUCCGAGCUAUCAGAAAGGUGGAGCGACGAGAGAGAUUGCUCCGGACAAUGUAUAUAUAACUGCACAGGAGAUGAAUCGAGAUAAUCAGGAGCUUGCGGCGAGGUUUAACAUCAGCUGGGGAUUCCCCGUCGGAGGAUCGAAACGAGUUCUUCAUUUGGUUCGUUUGCAUUUCUGCGAUAUCGUUAGUACAUCGCUUAACCAGCUCUAUUUCAAUGUCUUUAUCAACGAUUAUAUUGCGUAUAGAGACGUUGAUCUCUCCACGCUUAACUUCCAUGUGCUUGCGUCUCCGUUGUACAUAGACUUCGUUGCUGAAUCUGAUCAUGAUGGAAUGUUGCGGAUAAGUGUUGGACCGUCUGAUCUCAGCAAUCCGUCGAGAGCAAAUGCUCUACUGAAUGGAGUGGAGAUCAUGAGAAUCCUGAACCCUGUGAGCUCCAAAGCCGUAGCUGGAAAGAAGAACGUUAUCUGGAUUGUGGUUUCCUCAGUAUUGGGAAGUCUUGUGUUCUUGUCUAUGCUCGUCCUGUGUGGUUUGUGCUUGUGCAGGCGCAAGAGCAACAAUACCAAGAGCUCAGAGAGCACGGGAUGGACACCUUUGAGGAGGUUCAGAGGCAGUUCCAUCAGUAGAACAACCGAAGGAACUGUUAGUUCCAAUGGCUAUCAAACUCUGAGAAUCUCUUUCGCGGAGAUACAGUCCGGUACUAAUAACUUCGACAGAAGCUUAGUAAUCGGAGUAGGCGGAUUCGGGAUGGUCUUUAAAGGGUCUCUCAAGGACAACACCAAAGUAGCUGUGAAGAGAGGCAUGCCUGGUUCAAGACAGGGCUUACCGGAGUUUCUCUCUGAGAUAACCAUCCUCUCCAAGAUCCGUCAUCGCCAUCUCGUCUCGCUUGUUGGAUACUGCGAGGAACAAUCUGAGAUGAUUCUGGUGUACGAGUACAUGGAUAAAGGGCCACUCAAAAGCCACUUAUACGGAUCAGCCAACACGCCAUUGUCUUGGAAACAACGGCUUGAGGUCUGCAUUGGUGCAGCAAGAGGUCUUCACUACCUUCACACAGGCUCUUCGCAAGGAAUCAUCCACCGUGAUAUAAAAUCAACCAAUAUCUUGCUAGAUAACAACUACGUAGCCAAAGUUGCAGACUUUGGACUGUCGAGAUCAGGUCCUUGUCUUGACGAGACUCAUGUGAGCACAGGGGUUAAAGGAAGCUUCGGGUAUCUUGAUCCUGAAUACUUCAGGAGACAACAGCUCACGGAUAAGUCCGAUGUUUAUUCCUUUGGAGUCGUUCUGUUCGAAGUUCUUUGCGCUAGACCUGCUGUUGAUCCGUUGCUCGUGCGUGAGCAAGUGAAUCUAGCGGAGUGGGCUAUUGAGUGGCAGAAGAAAGGUAUGCUCGAUCAGAUUGUUGACCCGAACAUCGCCGCUCAGAUCAAACCGUGCUCGUUGAAGAAAUUUGCGGAGACCGCAGAGAAAUGCUGUGCGGAUUACGGCGUGGAUAGGCCGACGAUAGGCGAUGUUCUGUGGAACUUGGAGCAUGUGCUUCAGCUUCAGGAAUCCGGACCUUUGGAGACGCCUGAAGAAGUAAAUGGAGACGUUACCGGUUCGGGAACGGCUCGAGAAGGUCCGUCUAGUGGCUCGAACACAGAGAGGGACAAUGGAGAUGGAACUUCAGGUAUAAUCAAUAGUAGCCAAGUCUUCUCUCAGCUAAUGACCAACAAUGGCAGAUGA